CAGUGUCCGGGUUUAGCAGAGGGAGACGUGUGUUCGCUCCUAUCACAGCUUGUAAUGUGGGAGGAGAGCCGCCCGAGACCGGAUGUCCGGCCGCGAAGUACUUCCUGAUGUUAAGUCCAGCAGAGUUGUUCGCAGUGCGAAGUCGGCAGCAGAACAUUCCUCAGCGCUCUCAUGGGCAGAAGGACUUUUUAUCAGAUGGCUCGGAAGUUCAGGAGACGAAGUUGCAGAUCUGUCGUACAGAACAGUGGGAACUCUUAGGAGAAGAACGAGUUGAGCGUUUGGGAAGUUUGGGGAGAGGAGUAUGGAAGCCAGAGGAAGAAUUAGUGGAACUGACACGGCCUGCGGGCAAAUUUUGGCAUACAAUGGGUUUUACCAAGGCAGGGAGACAGUGCCUGCUGCCCGAGGAAGGGCUCUACCUGCUUGAAUGUGGCACAAUCCAGCUUUUCUAUAGGGAUCUAGCACUGUCUGUCCAGGAGGCCUAUGAGAAACUACUUUCAGCUGGUUCAAUCCCCUUGCCAUACUACCAGGUUUAUAGCCAUUUGAAGAGACUGGGCUACAUUGUCACACGCUUUAACCCAAGUUCUGUAAAAACGCCAUAUGAGAGGCAGAUAAACUUGGAUAGCCAUGUUGCAUGCAGCCGUAAACGCAAAAGAAGCUCAAGUCCUUGUUUGGGAUCAAAGCCUGAAGCCUCAAUAAACAAUGGCAAAGAACAAAUCAAUGUGAUUGCUGCUAGUACCUUCUGCCCCAGUGAAGAGAAUACACCAUCUUCCACAGUGCCCUUACAUCAGAGUAGUCAACAAGCCAUCGAAGAAAUAGACAGAUGCCAUUCAGAUACCCAUGAAAAAUCUCCAUGCAAGUCUUCUCAGCUUGCCCUAGAAACAUGCAAAUCAGCAUCAAGAUUUCCAACCAGUUCUCAAUGGGACUUUGCCAAACUUUGUUUUCCAAAUUGUGCCCCUGAUCAACCCUGUGUUAAGCUUCGAGACCCAGAGCCGACUCUGAUACCAGAGAACGUGUCUGGCCGUCCCGUGGACAUAUCAUGUUGGUUAGGGAAGCUGAACUUGCGUAGGGAGAAGGCAUCUCGAAGAGAGCAAGAACAAUGGGACUGGGAGCGCAAGUACAAAAUCAGUAUCAAUGCUGACCCCAAAGUAAAGAAAUGCACCAAUUGGAAGGAAUACAAGGCGCUCCUGCAGGAGAAUGCAUGUCAGCAAGACCAAGAUAGACCUCCACAUCUCUGGAAGAGUACUGUUCAGCCACUGCUGAGGCCUGGAUCUAUUAAAUCUACAGCUUCUGUUUUGGAAGAGAUCACAGUAAUGAGCCAGUCUACUAUGCUGGAUGAGAACAAGAGGAUUCAAAAGAUGGCAAACCUUCCACAGAUCCACUAUAACCUGUAUCAGGCUGAUGGAACCUCGGUAUUUAGGAAGUCUAAACCAGGAAAGCCCUAUGCACAUUUGUGUGUACGAAGCUUUGAUGAGCAGAUUCCCACUCUACUCACGCUUAAGAACCUGGCCUAUCAAAGCGGAGAUGUACCUGUGGUGUUUGCUCUGGUGGAUUAUGGAGAAGUGGCCUUUUACACGUUCAAAGACUUUCAGCUGCCUGUGGAUGUAUAUCCUUGAAGAAGUCCAUCUGCUGAGCAUGUACACAGAGCCAUGCAUUUACAUGAACUUGAGAAUAAAUGUAAUUGAUAUAUUUUUCUUGACCUUUUGCAGAAUGAAACAAAAUGCAACAUGCUUGUUUCAGUAAAAUUUAAUUAUUUUAAUAAAUACAGAAUUGUAAGACUAUAAA